UUUCUUGUGGCAUUUUAUUAUUGGUUGUGUUGUUGGUAUACGUUUUUGUGAAUCAGUAGUAAAUUGGAAAUGCAUUUCUUAAUUUAAUUAGUAAUUAAUAAUAUAGUGCAAAGAAAUAGAAAACUGUAUCAUUUCAUCGUUAGUUCAAGAUAAUUACAAUAAAAAGGCUUUAAAAUGAACUACACUUGUUUAGCCCUAAAUGGUGUAAUAUCAGUGGCGGCCUAUUUAAUGGCCAUCCGCAUAAUACCACGGUUCCGUGAAAUGUUUAUCAAGGCUAAUCUCUAUGGCAAAGAUUUGUGCAAGAAAGAUCAAACUCAAGUGCCCGAAUCCUUGGGGGUUUUAAUUGGUUGCGUUUUUUUGGUGGCCAUGUUUUUAUUUAUACCCGUGCCUUUUACCCUAGAAGAAACAGCCGCCAUGGAUGCCACUACCGGCGGUAAACCCUCAACUUUUCCCCACGAAGAAUUUGUUGAACUUAUUGUGGCAUUACUGUCCAUUUGUUGUAUGAUAUUACUGGGUUUUGCUGAUGACGUAUUGGAUUUGAGAUGGCGCCAUAAACUUAUGUUACCCACCAUGGCCACACUACCUUUACUUAUGGUCUAUUAUGUAAAUUACAAUUCCACCACCGUUAUAAUGCCGAAAUUUGUACGUUCCUUUGUGGGAGAAUCUUUAGAUAUAGGUGUCUUGUAUUAUAUUUAUAUGGGCAUGUUGGCGGUGUUCUGUACAAAUGCUAUUAAUAUAUUGGCCGGUAUAAAUGGUUUGGAGGUGGGACAAUCUAUUAUCAUAGCCGGUUCUAUAUUGGUGUUCAAUGUCAUCGAAUUGUAUUUGGGUCAUCAAAUUGAUGGUCAUAAAUUUAGCAUUUACCUUAUGCUGCCAUUCCUUGCAGUCUCUUUGGCACUUUGGAAAUAUAACAAAUAUCCCUCACAGGUAUUUGUAGGUGAUACAUUUUGCUAUUUUGCUGGCAUGACAUUUGCCGUUGUUGGCAUAAUUGGGCACUUUAGUAAAACUUUAAUUCUCUUCUUUUUGCCACAAAUUAUCAACUUUCUCUACUCCAUACCUCAGCUAUUUAAAUUUGUACCCUGUCCACGACAUCGUCUACCAAAAUACGAUCCUAAAUCAGAUCUCCUGCAUAUAAGUACAACGGAAUUUAAUAAAAAUGAACUCAACAUAUUGGGCAAGAUAAUGGUAACUAUAUUUAAGACUUUCAAACUAAUCACCUGGCAAGAAAUGCCCGAUGGACGUGUAAUAACGAAUAAUUUUACUUUAAUCAAUUUUGUACUGGUUGUCUUUGGACCGGUGCAUGAAAAGGUGGUAACACAAAUGUUAAUGGCAGUACAGGUAUGUUGUACGUUAUUGGCAUUCGUGAUACGUUAUCCUUUGGCUAGCUACUUCUAUGAUUCGUAGUGCGAAAGUUUUAACGAAUGAACAAAGGAUGUAAAGUUGUUUUGCUAAUGAAAUCAAAUAAUGAUUUUCCUUUUGAUUAAGAUACAUUGUAAAAAAUUAAACCAAAAUUUUAGUUUUGUAAGUAUUUAAAGUAUGUGUUGAUAUUUAUAUUUAGUUAAAGGACUAAAAUUAUUGCGUAAAUAAAUUUCGAUAUAAUUUUUUAAAAA